CAGUGGGCUCCAGCUGCGACCUGGUGACUGGGAGCUCAGCUGCCUCUUCGUACAUCACAUCCAGACAACUUGCUUUCGGAGCGCGCCAGGAGAUGACUUGUGCGCACUGUAGGGUUAAUGUGCCGUGAACAAACACCCGCAGAGCCCGUGCAGAGAGCCGCCUGCGUCAAGUCAGAAGAGGGAUCCGACCGAGUGCGUCUGUUCUGAUGAGUUCUUGGACUUCGAUCAUCAUCGGAGCCUCUCUCUUUCUCUCUUUCUCUCUCUCUCUCUUUCUAUCUCCGCAGGGCCGUUGUGUUUCGGUGCCGCUUCUCAUUUCAGCGCACAACUCCACCAACUGUUACCACAGCUUCCAGAGCAUGGGACCCUUUAAACUCUGAAGUGAGAGGAACGAGAGUCAAACCGGCGAUAGAAAGAGAAAGGAGGAGCGGAAAAAACGAAAAAAGGAACGAUGGAGUCCAUAUUGUCGGAGCAGUCGGCCGCAGUGGACGAGCUGGUGGAAGCGUGCAUCCAAGCCUUCGAUGAGAGGGGCACUUUGAAGGAUGCUUCCUUGGUCCGCAUGUUUCUCAUGAUGCACCCUUGGUAUAUCCCUUCAACGGACAUGGCUAAGAAACUGGUGCUCAAAUCUCAAGAGGAGAGCUGCACUGCUGAGCGCCGAACAAGAAUAUGUCACCUUGUCAAGUACUGGAUCUCUGAGUUUCCAGCAGAGUUCAAUCUGAGCCCGGAGCUGGCAGACCAGAUCAAAGACUUUAAAGACCUCCUGACCACCGAGGGCAACCAGAGCCAGAGCCAGCUCAUUGACCUCGACAGCGUGCCGUCAUAUAAAUGGAAGCGGCAGGUGACUCAACGUGUCCCGUCAGUGUCCAAAAAGAGGAAAAUGUCCCUGCUGUUUGACCACCUUGAUUCCUGUGAACUGGCUGAACACCUGACCUACCUGGAGUACAAAUCCUUCUGCAAGAUCCUGUUUCAGGACUACCACAGCUUUGUGAUGCACGGCUGCACAGUGGACAACCCCAUCCUGGAGCGUUUCAUCACCCUUUUCAACAGCGUGUCCCAGUGGAUCCAACUCAUGGUGCUCAGCAAGCCCACGGCUCCGCAGAGAGCCGCCGUCAUCUCCCACUUCAUCAGAGUGGCACAGAAGCUGCUGCAGUUGCAGAACUUCAACACGCUGAUGGCUGUGGUGGGCGGCCUCAGCAACAGCUCCAUCUCUCGUCUCAAAGACACGCAGGCCCACAUCAGCGCUGAGACCAACAAGGUUUUCAACAACCUCAUUGAACUGGUGACGUCGUGUGGGAACUACUGUCAAUACCGCAAGCGCUUCUCAGAGUGCUCGGGCUUCCGGUUCCCCAUCCUCGGCGUGCACCUGAAAGACCUGAUAGCCGUGCACGUGGCGCUGACGGACUGGGCUGACAAAGAGAAAACGCGGGUCAACCUGGUGAAGACCCAACAGCUGUACGCCAUCCUUCAAGAGCUGGCGCUGAUCCAGACCACACCGCCUCACGUGGACGCCAACACAGACCUGCUCAACCUGUUAACGGUGUCUCUGGACCAGUACCACACAGAGGAGGAGAUCUACCAGAUGUCUCUACAGAGAGAACCUCGCAAGCCAGUGGUGAGCAGCACACCGACGGACACUCAGAACUCCAGCCCAACCACCGCACCCGACCCCAAGCCCACCAUGAUCGACGAGUGGGCUGUGUCGGUGAAGCCCAACGCUGACCCGACGAUCAUCAAGAAACACAUAGAGAAGAUGGUGGAGUCGGUCUUCAAAAACUUUGACUCGGACGGCGACGGCCACAUCUCCAGGGAUGAGUUUGAAGCCAUCAGGAACAACUUCCCAUACCUCAGCAAGUUUGGUGAACUGGACAAGAACCAAGACGGGAAGAUCAGCAGAGAGGAGAUGAUAGACUACUUUAUGAAAGCCAGCUCUCUGCUGAACUGCAAGAUGGGUUUCAUCCACACUUUUACAGAGGCAACCUACGUCAAGCCCACAUUCUGCGAGCACUGCGCCGGCUUUAUAUGGGGCUUCUACAAGCAAGGCUACAAGUGUAAAGCCUGCGGGGUGAACUGCCACAAGGCCUGCCGAAGCCGCCUGGCCGUGGAGUGCCGGAAGAGGACAAAGAGCAUAAGCCAUGAGACGCCGCCGGCCCUCCAGGCCAGAUCCUACAGCUUCCCUCCACCUGCCAACACCCCACCCAGCCUGCAGAACACAGUGAUUGCUGAAGAGGAUAUAGAGACACUGGAGGAGGGAGUGUUUGAUGUCCACCUAUAACCAGAAUCCCUCCUACGGUUGGCGUGCAAGAAGCCAAAUCAGCGACUGUCGGACGGGAGCCAGACACAGAAAGUGCUACAGUAUGUCAGUUUUACAACCCUCAACACUGCUGAGUGCACUGAACACAAGCCAGGACACCUACAUGCUGCCACACAGUGGACACAUACUGCAACAGCUAACUCACAGGAAUGUGACGACCGAAGUGAAUGGAAUGUCUUUGUAUGAUUUCUAUGUCUGCAUUUUGAUUCUGUCUUGACCAACUGUAAAACUAACUAUAUAUUUCAAAAAAGAAUCCACAAAAAUUGUAUUUUCAUGGUGGUAUUUUAAAGUCAGUGGAGUUUAUAAUUUGAUUGCACUUUUUCUGCAAAUUGGAAUGGCUAUCUACUUUUCUUUUUUUUCUUUAGAAAAUGAAAGAGGUGCUGUUAUUGCCAAGAACGUAAACCUGCCACCCAGACAAAGCUACUGUCUUCUUUGUCUGAGGAGCUUUGCUUUUUGUUGUUUAUCAUCUUGUUUUGAAAUAUAUUUCAAUAGACCAAUAAAAGGACCAAUUUUGAUGUCAGAUGAAAUAUUGUUGAUUCGUGGUGCCCGUCUGAAGCAUGAUGACAAAAGCAACCAUUUUCCCAACAAAGGAAACGGCUGGAAUGACUAUGUGGACAGUUAUAAUGAGGAUGGACUUUGAACAAUGGUAUAUUUUUUUUGUCAUGUUUACCUGAAUAUCAGUAACUGUCCUAUAGUUAUUGCUGUGGUGUUGUUUUCAGUAUGCAGUACUGUUUUGUACCAGUGCACUGAUAGAUGAUCCAUCCUCUUGCAGUACAGUGAAUGUAGCACUAACAGUGAAAUGCUGCUGUCAGAUGAAGACCUCGUUCUCCCCAAUAAAGACUGCAUGAGAGCAGGAGGCUGGCUAACUUGACACUCAGUCCUCCAUCAGUUUUUGUUUGAGCCUCGGAGUUCUGAGAGCGUCAGUAAGAAUAAAACGAUCAAAAGAACAAUACUGGCGUAAUGAAACCUUUUCAUUUGACAGCAGCAUAUACAUCUUAUAUUGUUUCCCUGAGAAUCUGUUCUGCUGCCAGUUGUAUUUUGCUGUUUCUAUCCUGCAUGCUUCUCCCUUCAUGGCUCUAUUCUCUAGCCAGACUGGAGGAUUUUUGAUUUGUUAAUGUAGCACGCCAAGUUAAUUUUUAUUUAGGAAACAUGAAGUGUUAAAAUUCCAGACAGUGAGUUGCUUUGUGCCUGUGGAGAGAUGAAUUCAGACUUCGAGUGCCAUAUUGUUAAGUGCUGGUUUUGUCAUUGAAUGAGACUCCUCAAGUCGCUGGUAUUUAUUUUUCUGUAUAAAUAUAGCUACAUAGCUUACGGUCCUUCUGUGUCACAGCCUGCCUGACGAAAUAUGUUUGUUGUCAUUCUGUGAAUGAACCUUUCAGACUGAUGUCAUGCUACUCUUUGUGGUCCCCUGAAGAUUCCCCAGUAUUAAAUGCAGCAGGCAUCCCUCAUAUAUGUUGUCUUGUCUCUCUGGAAAUGGGCCUAUAUGUUCUAAUGGAUCAAAAGUUUUAUUCAAAUGGAUUACUAACACUAUCACAGAGGUUUAUUUUUUUUAUCUAUGAAUACAGUUACUUACUUACAACCUGUUAAUACUGCUAAUCCCAGUCGAAAGCUGGCAAUUUUGUGUGAUUUUUAUGUUUCAACUUGAAGAAUUCAUGUUUUAGA